CUUUGGGCCCCGGCGCGGCUCGCGGAAAUCGGAUAAACCCAUUGAGAAUGUCCGAGAACCGUGAUGACAAGCCUCACCCAAGCGAUUCAGAGCAAACCCUGGAAGAUGGUGUAGACAGGGCUGAUGAAUCGGUCCGGAAGAGGAUCCGGCAGAGCACUCCCAGCCCGCAGAGACUGCCACGGCCUCAGUCUAGCCCUCCUCGCUUUGUGUCUGUGGAUGAACUCAUGGAGACUGUCAAAGGAGUUACUAAUAUGGCGUUGGCCCACGAAAUUGUCGUGAAUGGGGACUUCCAGAUAAAACCAACAGAACUUCCAGAAGACAGCUUGGAGAAGAGAGUCAGGGAGAUUGUCCAUAAAGCCUUCUGGGAUUGCUUAAGUGUCCAACUAAGUGAAAAUCCACCAACUUAUGACCAUGCCAUCAAGCUUGUUGGGGAGAUCAGAGAGACCCUCUUAUCUUUUCUGCUGCCUGGUCACAGUAGAUUGAGAAACCAGAUCAGAGAAGUCCUCGAUCUGGACCUGAUAAAGCAGGAGGCGGAGAAUGGAGCCCUGGACAUUUCCAGACUGGCUGAAUUCAUCAUUGGGAUGAUGGGAACGCUCUGUGCCCCAGCUAGAGAUGAGGAGAUUAAGAAACUGAAGGACAUUAAGGAAAUAGUUCCCCUUUUCAGGGCAAUGUUUUCCGUGCUAGACCUAAUGAAGGUAGACAUGGCUAACUUUGCUGUUACUAGCAUUAGGCCGCAUCUCAUGCACCAGUCAGUUGAAUAUGAAAGGAAGAAGUUUCAAGACUUUUUCGAGAAACAACCAAAUGCCCUUGACUUUGUCACCCAGUGGCUAGAAGAGGCCUCCGAAGACCUCAUUAAUCAGAGGAACAAAAAUUCCCUGAUGGCCGGGGUGGGGGCCCCGGGCUCAGAAGAGAUGGCCCCACCAUGCCCUCUGAGUGUCCAGAACCACGCCUACAUGAAGCUGCUGAAGUGGGACCAUCUGCACAGACCCUUCCCCGAAACUGUCCUGAUAGACCAGCCCCGCUUCCAAGAGAUGCAGCAGGAACUCGAGAAGCUCAGUGUGGUGGGAGCGACCUUGCUGGUCACUUAUAGCGCCUCGGCCCCAGGGGUGUCCAGCCUAGCAGGCUUUGCUGAGAAACUCAAGAUGGUUGUGCAGGUCCUGCUGACAGAUAUGCAUCUGCCAUCCUUUAAUCUGAAUGAAGCCCUUGCCACCAUUGGCGAGAAGGUGUGUGCGGAGGUGGCUGGCUGCCUGGCCCAGUGUGGAUUCACCCCUUUCAGUGCCGACAAGGAGACUGCCCUCAAAGGACAGAUCCAAGCAAUUGCCAGCCCUGAUGACCCCAUUCGCAAGCUUGUGGAUGCCAGAAUCCAGGCCUUUUUGGAGGCUUACCUUGCUUCUGGUCUCCAGAAGUCCCUCCCUGCAAUUCCUGGGGGCUUAGGGCCCAUCCAAAAGGAAUUGGAAGAAGUGGCCGUGAAGUUUGCUCGUCUGGUCAACUACAACAGGAUGGUUUUCAGUCCUUACUAUGACACCAUUCUCAGUAAGAUAUUGAAGCCCGAGGGCUCUCGAGUCUCAGUCAGCUUGUAGAGGGUCCCACCCCUGCCAGCAGCAGCAGCAGCAUUUAUUUAGUUGGCUACCAACCCCUGUUCUCUACUGUAAUGUUGCUUUGGAAAAUGGCUUCCUCUUUAAUACAUUCCUCUUUCUCAGCAUUGA